AUGUCUUGCCCCUUGCUCUGGUCUGAGAACGAGCCCUUCUACCCGUACGGAGACACCUCGCCUGUCUGCUACACUCAAGACCUCGUCGAUGGCGAGCCAGCUAGCAUAUUGCUGCUCGGAUGCGGCGACCCUAUGAGCAUCCUGCAGACGCUGCACGCCAACACAACUGGUUCACAAUGCAGUCGCAAGCUCGACUUUACGUGUUGCGAUCACGAAGGUGGUGUCUUGGCUCGGAAUGUGUUCUUGCUCACAUGUCUUGCGGAUGAUUACGUCCUUGACCUGCUUCCUUCACUCUGGAACCUGUUCUUCGAUUUCUUCAUCGACAAAUCUUCUGUCACAGUGCUCUUUGUUUACUGCGGGAAACUCUUGGACGCGUCAAAGUCAUUGGAGACCUGGGAUGCCUCCCCCUACCACGGCUUCAUCAAAUUCAGCGACACCAACACGCUCUCGGUCGUCCGUGGACAUUGGGAGCGCUACUUGGCCAACAUCCUUCCCCCCGAAGACGCAAAUCACCUCAAGGACAGGUUCGCCUCCGCCACGCACAGAGCGCAAACCCAGCACGGAUCGUGGUUCAACUACUCACCAGUCCGCUCAGCUGGUCCGCUCGCCUCGUUCGCGAUGCGCACGAUGCUCCACGGCUUUCGCAAGUUCUGGGAGACCGGCGUCACGUCGCACGACUGCGAGACGAUCGCUCGCGCGCAGUACGUGAACCCCACGCUCGUCCAUUCGCGCGGCGCGGGGGAGCCUGGCACGCCGGAGGACUCAGACACAUUCAAGCUCGGUGUGCACAAGGGGCUGUACCCGCCUGCCCGCUUCUACCUCGCCAAGGCGUUUGCCACCCUCAAUCUGGCGGAGCCGAAUCUGGCUCAGAAGGAUAGCUCCGUGCAGGACGCCUCUUUGCUCAAGGUGGUCGUGCCUGCCGCGCAAAAGCAGUUCUUUAGGUUGUGCAUGGUUUUCUCGAGGGCCAUUCGUCAAGUGGGGAGGCCCGCCGCUGCGGACAGCACAGAGUCUCCCUCGCAUUCCCCAAUUUCCUUGACAUUCUUCUGCGGAGAUGCGCUUGCGUUCUGCAAAGCCUUGCAGCACCACCGCGACAAGAACGAGCUGUCGACGCCUUUCGCAUCUGCACCGUGGAGCGCCACACGCAUCGUCUUCGACGCCCUCUCAGAUUCGUCUUCAAUCCCGACCUCAUUCGACGUCAUCGACACCUCCACCCUCACCGACGACCUCGGGCUCCUGAACAUCCUCACGCACACCACCCCACUCCUAAAACGCUCCAGCUUCUCCGCCCUCUACACCGAGACGCUCGCGCCGUGCAGAGACAAAGACGGCGACGCCAUCGCCGGCACGCUGAGAAGCCUCGUGCGCCGCGCGUGCUGCGACCUCGGCACGCUCGCGCUGCUACUCGGCGUCGUGCCCGCGUCGUACGUGUCCGGGUUCGGCGCGCGCCCGUCCGGGUUCGAGAUGAUGGCGCACCGCAUGGUGCGCGUCCCGCUGUCGCAGUUCCACGAGCGGCUCGUGUGGCGGCGGCCGAUGCCUGGGACGACUGUUGUCGGCUCGCAGUCGGGGGCACGGGGUGGUGGCGCUGGUUAUGGGGUGGAGUUUGUGCCGGAGGAGCUGGCGGGCGUUUUGGAGGGUGUUUAUCGGCGGAUGUUUGGGCGCGAGAGGGGUUUGGACGAGGCGAUGGAGCGUCUCUCCGUGGGCGGGGCCGGCGGGGAUGGCAGGCGUUUCUCUGACGCUGCCUCUGUGGGCACCUGUUACACCCAGCGCUCGUACGCUGAGCUCGUCGCGGCGAUCCGAGAGAACGUCUGCGCAGGCGCUCCCAACGCUGAAGAGAUGGAAGCAAGCUGGCGGCGCACGAUGGACGCACUCCUUGAGCUCCUUCGUGGCGAGGGUGAUGGCCAACGCUACUUCCAAGACCUAUGCGUGCAGCUUCACCUCCUCGGGCUGCACACCGCGGACGUCAUACAGCCUCCAGCACUCGACGAGCAGAGACAAAACUGCGAUAGCAGUGCUGUUUUCAGCGGGUGGGGCACCAUCCCAGCGACGGUGUGCGUCGUGCUCGUCGUCCCGGGACAGCGGGUCCGAGAGGCCAAGAGUUCGCUCGAUGAACUUGGAACGCCGACGCUGCGGUGCGAGAUCUUUGGGUCCGCCACAGAUCAGGCUUUUGCUUCGAUCGAGGCUGCGUACGGAAAUGUGCUUGUCGAUACCACGGCGCCAGGUGAGGAGAACGGGGUAGGCGACAGAUACAGGUGCAAGGUAGUGCGGUUCGUCGAGAGUGAUGGCGAGCGAGGGUUGAAAGAGGGUGGUUCCGAUCUCGUCAUCUCUUUUCAAGUGCCUGCGGCGAUCUUCAUGGCAGAGCCGGCGCUAAGCGUAGCGCUUGCGGUGCGUCCGCAGGCAAAGUCGUCGUUUGGGAGCAGCACCGAGUCCGUGCUUGGGCCGAAGCUGCACGUGUUCAGCAGCCGCGUUGAUGACGAGCGCCAUGUGCAUGUCGUUGCGCAGUCUCCGUUUCAUCCAGAGUGUGCUUCGAACGGGGGUACCGGCGAAGGCUCCAGUGCGGACGUGCAUCGGCGCGUGGGCGAGCAGGAAAACGUCAAGAUUGUGAUGGACGACAAGCAUGAGAAGGUUGAGACCAUGAGUGUUCGUGUCGACGUUGUGGGUGCAGACGCAAGGGAGGCUCUGGCAGGCGGUGCAGCGGUGCAGAUGGCGCUUGCUUCCGGGUGUGCUGUUCGCGUGCUGUGGGGAGGUCAUACCCAUGUGCAUGCGUUUCCGCUGCCUGUCGACAUCGAGAAGGCCAAGCUUAGGGUUGCCCGGCGGUCUUCCUAUAUCGAGGUCGUCGCACCCGUGGCGACAGUGAUGCACACCCAUAACAUGCUCUUCCCCAUCUUCCUCACACCGCACGGCCCCGCACUGUGGAACAUGCCCCGCAUCGCACUGGACAAGCUACCCCUCCUGGUCCUUCCCAACAACGAACAUGUCUCGCGUUGGAUCGUCCCCUGCACCGACUCGAUGUUUUCCCUGCGCGAAAGCGCGAUCCUCGAUGGGCUCCGACCUGCAGACACGGACACGCACCGCGCGUUCCUCGACGUCAAAAACGCGCUGCACACCAUCAUCGCCGGCGCCGCGCGCAUACCAAGCCCGACAGUCAACGGCAUCCCCGGCGUCGGGCACCGCACCGCCCCGCUCGUGUUCGGCCUCGGAAACCCGCGCGAGGUACGCUGCGCGACGCUCGUGUUCGUCACCGGCGUGCGGCUCGAUGUCGCUGCGCACAGCGUCGUCGCUGACGCGUGGGUGCUCACCGUCACCCCCGCGCUCCUCCCGCGGCGGCCCGCGAGCCUCGCCUCGCCGCUCGGCCGCGCCGUGUGGGACCUCGCGGACGAGCUCGUGCAGCUCAACACGGACGCGCGCGAGGCGCGCGCGUGGAAGCACCUUCUGCCCGCUGCGGUGGAGCGCUGCAGAGCGGGGCGAUGGGCGCACGGCGCGGCGUGCGAGUACCGAGUGCGGGAGGCGGUGCCGCUCACGGUCGGGGACGAGACGGAUCCGCUGUGCUCGUGCGGGCGCGGUGUCGGCGCGGGCGAGCAUGCGCCGUUCCGGGCGGGCGAGAGGUGGCACGCGUUCGCGCCGCAUGUGACGCGUGCGGCGCUGAGCCCGCUGUAUGCGCCUGCGUAUAUGGAGAGCGGCGUCGGGGUGGCGGCGUUCGGAGGCAGGGAUACGAGGAUGGAGGAGAGGGAUGUGUGCUGGGCGUGUGGCAAGCCGCCGAGGCGAGCAGCGCUGGCAACGGGCUUGCAAGUGUGCGGCAAGUGCAGGGUUGCGAAGUACUGUUCGGGACCGUGUCAAAAGAAGGAUUGGGACAAGCAUCGGUGGGCGUGCGCGAUUUUGAAAAAGAAUGCUCCAAGUUAGGGCUUGAAGGCUGCACGCUGGUAAUGUAUGGCGCAGAGGGGGGCGAUGAUGUUGUAUUAGCACUGAGGCAUGAGUAUCUGUUGUACGGGAAGCCGAAAGUCACAGAGGACAUGGCAGAGAGGCGGAGAGUAUGCGAAACAUCUUGCUGUGACGAAUGCUGCUGAUACACGUUCGCACGCGUUAAAGAUUCUAUAGCCCCG